AUGGGCAGCACCCGCCUGGCAUGCCAGUUGGCGGCCCUGGUGGCCUGCGCCCUCCAGGGCCUGGUGGCAUGCUCCAGCCCCAGCCAGCGGUUGUGCCAGCAGCAGCACCACCAGAUGUCUUCGCCGAGCCCCACCAAGCGCGGCGCCCCGCAGCCGCCAGUUGGCGGCUUUGGCGGCCUGCCGGGGCAGCCAAUGAUGCAGCAGCAGCCGGGCCUGCGGCCGCCCAUGCCCCCUAUGGGCGGUAUGCCGCGGCCGAGUGGACCGCCGCUCCAGCCACCAGGCAUGCGCGGCAUGGUGCCGCCACCGCAGCAGCCGGGCAUGGCGCAUCCUCCAAUGCCGGGCAUGCUGCCGCAGCUGGGCAUGCAGCACCCGCAGCAUCCGGGCAUGCCGCCGUCUCCCGGGGCCGCUGCCGGCAUGCACCCUCGGCCGCCUAUGCCGGGCAUGAUGCCAUCGCCCACCUCGGCGUCCGCCACCAAGAUUGACCCGGCACAGAUACCUCGGCCCAUGCCCUUUGCCAUCCCAACCCAGGUGUUUGAGACGCGGCGUGAGGGCACGCACGCCAUCCCGCCCGCUGCCGACGCGCCCAUUGUGGUGCGCGACCGCGGGUCGGCAGGGCCCCGCUUCAUGCGCUCCAACCUCAACAUGGUGCCCCAGACCUCUGACAUCCUGCGGGGCGCCAGCCUGCCCUUUGUGGCCAUCAUCUGCCCACUGGCGCUGCAGGACCCCGGGGACGAGCCGGUGGAGGUCAUCGACUGCACCGCCAGCGGCCCCUUCCGCUGCAGCUCCUGCAAGGCAUACAUCAACCCAUACAUGCGCUGGGUGGAGGGCGGGCGCUCCAUGGAGUGCUGCUUCUGCGGUGGCCUCACAGACGUGCCUCCAGACUACCAGUGCCACACGGGGCCCGACGGCGAGCGGCGCGACAAGUAUGAGCGGCCGGAGCUGUGCAAGGGGAGCAUCGAGAUGAGUGUGAGCGGGGAGUACCAGGUGCGCCCGCCCAUGCGCCCCACCCACUUCUUCCUCAUCGACGUCUCCCAGCCCGCCGUCUCCUCGGGAGCCACCGCCGCCGUCUGCUCCUCCGUGGCCAAGAUCCUGGAUGAGCUGCCGGGAGGGGAGCGCACGCAGGUGUGCGUGGCCACCUUUGACUCCACCAUCCACUUCUACUCGCUGCGCCCCGGCCAGGCCCAGCCCCACAUGCUGGUGGUCCCAGACAUCACAGACGUGUACUGCCCCCUGGCUGGGAACGUGGUGGUCAACCUGAGCCAGUCCAAAGGCCUGGUGGUGUCCCUGCUGGAGUCUAUCCCCAAGAUGUUUGCGGCCAGCCAGGUGCAGGAGACGUGCGGCGGCGCCGCGCUGCGCUCCGCUGUGGAGGCGCUCAAGGGCGGCGAGGGCGGCCGCCUGCACGCCUUCCUCUGCUCCCUGCCGCGGCGCGGCGCCAUGCACCUGCGCCUGCGCGACAUCGGGCGCCCACCCACCGACCGCGACACGCUGGACUCGAUGCUGCCGGAAAGCAAGGAGUAUGCGGCGCUGGCGGCGGAUGCCGCGGAGCACCAGGUGUCUGUGGACCUCUUCCUGCUGGCCCAGGGGUAUGUGGAUGUGGCCACGCUGGGCGUGCUGUCGGCCCACACCGCCGGCUCCCUACACCACUGGGCCCCCUGGACGCCAGCGCUGGAUGCCGACGAAUUCUUCAACGACCUGCGCUGGGCGGUGGUGCGCCCGCAGGUGCCCUCCUCCCCCGAGGUGCAGGGCCUGGAGGCGGUGGGUCGGCUGCGCGUGUCGCGGGGGCUGGCGGUUGAGAAGUACAUCGGCGCCUUCUACCGCCGCGUGGACACAGACCUCAACUUCCCCGCCCUGUCCUGCGACCACAGCGUGGCCGCCAAGCUGGUGUACGAGGAGAAGCUGCCCGAGCGUGGGGAGGCGUUACCGCAGUUUGCGCUGCUGUACACCCACCAGGCCGGGGAGCGGGCGGUGCGGGUGCACACCCUGGCGCUGCCCAUCACGGCUUCGCUGGGCCCCGCCUUCAGGGGGGCGGGCCCGGGUGCCUUCAUUUUGUAUGUGGCGGGCAAGGUGGCCUCGCAAGUGAAGAGGGGGGGCAAGAAGCUCUGGGGGCCUCUAGUUUGGCGCGGGGUGCCCGGCCACGCGCUGGGCGCGUGCAAGGAGGCCAUCAACAAGGCGGCGGCGGAUGCGCUGCUGGCGUACCGCACCCACUGCGCCGCCGCCUCCUCCUCCGGCCAGCUCAUCCUGCCCGAGGCGCUCAAGCUGCUGCCCCUCUACACGCUGGCCCUCUCCAAGGCGCCCGUGUUCCGCACAGACGUGCGCCCCGACGUGCGCGCCGCCGCCAUGUGGCGCCUGCUCAGCCUGCCCGCCCACAAGGCGGUGCCGCUGGUGUACGCACGCAUGCUGCCGCUGCACACCCUGCUGGAGCGGCCAGAGAACGCGAUGCCUGUCCCCGACAAGCUGUGGCUCUCUGCCGAGAAGCUGGACCCUGAGGGCGUGUUCCUGCUGGAGAACGGGUUUGACGCCUUCAUCUACGCCGGCAAGAAUGUGGCGCCAGAUACGAUGAUGGCGCUGUUUGGCGUGCCCAGCCUGGAGGGCGGCGACCCGCAGCAGCCGCUGCUGCUGCCCACCCUGGACACGCCGCUGAGCAGGGCGGUGCGCAAGCUGCUGGACGAGGUGCGGCGGCAGCGCGCCUGCUACCUGCGCCUGCGCGUGGUGCGGCGGGGCGACCCGCUGGAGGGCGUGUUCUACUCGGCGCUGGUGGAGGACCGCAGCCCCGCAGCGGGCAUGAGCUAUGUGGAGUACCUCUGCUUCCUGCACCGCCAGAUCCAGAACAAGCUCAGCUAGGCCGCCUGCACCACCCUACAAAGCGGCGCGGCGGCUGCCGUGCCGCGCAGCAGCCGUCAGCCGUGACCCACUGACUCAUCAAUCUCCUCUCGUCGUCUCCGCUUUCCUUGCUGCCCCCCAUUUUGUUAGCAGUUUCUUUGUUUGUAAUUGAUGCACGCUU